AUGGACCUUCAACGCGGUAUCCGUAAGGCUCAACAUCUAUCAGACAAGGCAAACAAACCCGACAAAGAUACUCUGCUGGACCUCUGUGCCUAUGUUGCAUUUCUGAGAAACGAUGAUGAUUGCUACGAAGCGUUGAAAAGAAAGAUAUCUCCUUUCGGCUACCUCGACAAACCCGACAUAAAGGCCGCGCUCAAACGUCGAUAUGGUGGUGAGAUUCCUCCGCAAGACAAACGACUUCGAUACAACAGUCCGAGAAGACUUUACAACUCUUCUGGAGAUAGGAGACAACAAGCUUUCGAAGAUCAAUACAAGAUGGGAAUUGAUGUCUUUGAUCCCUUGGUCGCUGGCAUGGGCUGUGGCUUCUACUUGUGCGGCGUUGACGUUGUCUCUUGCAUCUCUCCGUUGAACCAGAAAAUGCAUCUCGAAAUUAUGUCAGGAUCCUCAGAUGGACAAGGCAGCAUUCGUCUCUCAGAAUUGGGUGACGAUGACCUCGGCGGGAUCACCUUUCUGCUACACUCUGCACUCAUAGGUAUGGAUAAAACAAAUGUAGUAUUGUUCGUUGGCUCAUCAGAUGUUAAGACCAGGUCAUGCCUACCGUCUCCCGAUGAUGCUGGAGCCUUCCGAGUUAUUGUUGUGCCCUCUGCCUCAGUCGGAGCAUCUACAAUAACUAAAGAGCUUCCGAAGUUGAUGGUAUUUGACGUACCUCGAGAUCAAAAACUAGAUGGGACCAUGGGUCGAAACACAAAGCCAGGAAUGAGCGCUGAAAUGGCGUUCGAAACCGUAUUCAACGAUGAAUCUCUGCUGGGUGGACAUGGCAAGCGUGUCAUCAGGCCUGAUGCUGAGGAAUUCAUCAACUGGCGCGACAACAUGCAAGUGCUGUACACUAAGGUUGAUGAUCCUGAAGGCUAUCUCUACUUUCUGCCUACUGGGAUAUUCCUCGGAUGGAACGAUCCACUAUCCUACUUCUCUCACGACUCCAUCAAGCAUAUCGAGAUUCAUGAAGGAGCCAAAACCAAGAAGACUUCCGAUAUGAGACUGGAAACCAUGAAGGUCGAGCUUAAAGGUCUUUCGAAGCAGGAUCUAGAGCCCAUCAAAAGAUACCUCUACAUGAAGUGCGCCAAAAGGUAG